UAAAAACUCAAUGUUAUGUUUAUAAAAAUACAAAUAGAUCAUUUUGAUUAUUACUGACUGAAAGUAGUAAAGUGGAAAACAGUAUUUAAAACAACUGAAUAAGUAAACGGUUUAAUUAUAAGACAUGAUAUAAACGAACCUUAACUUUAAAAUGACUUUAGCCAGUACUCCAACAGAAGUCCCUGUAGAACUCGUACACUCAAAAAGCAUCAUUGUUAUCCAUCCAGGUUCAUUCAAUUUACGAAUUGGCAGAGCGUCAGACCUAAAUCCACUCACAACUUUACAUGCUAUAGCUAGAAGAAGGUUACACAAUGGAUUCAAAUACAAAGAUAGUUUUUUAUCAGAAAGAGCUGAAACUACCCCAGUACAAGAAUUGGAGGAUGCUAGACUAGCUGUUUCUCACACAUUACAGUCUUGUCUACAAUCUGAUGGAAGGAGGAGGUAUGCUACUCCACCACAGCAAAUUGCAGCCUUCAAUAGACGUUCAGAACCAGAAUUACUUAAUAACAGUGGAGGAGAGUGGGUGAAACCAGAGGCAGAUAUAGUAAUAGGAAAUGAUAUCUUGCGAUUAGAUCCAACACAAGAUUUUAAUGUGCAUUUUCCUUAUAAAAGAGGAGAUUUAAAUAUACAUUCCGAACCAGGUGGUUCUUUAACAUCUGUGAUGGCUGAUUUAGAAACCAUAUGGACCUAUAUACUAGAAACAAACUUCCAAAUCAGCCAGAAAGACCUAAAGUAUCACAGAGCUGUAUUAGUCAUACCCGAUGUAUACAACAGAACAUAUUUGAGAGAGUUGAUGUAUCUUUUAAUGAGCAGGAUGGGUUUUGGAAGCUGUUUUUUGGUACAAGAUCAUGUAGCUGCAACUUUUGGGUCUGGUUUGAGUUAUGCUUGUGUGAUUGAUGUUGGAGAUCAAAAAACUUCUGUGUCAUGUGUUGAAGAUGGAAUCUGUCACCCAAAUACAAGGGUUAGAUUAGAUUAUGGAGGCGGGGACAUCACCCAAAUCUUCUACUGGCUGCUCCAAAAGUGUGCGUUCCCUUACAAGGAAUGUUCAGAUCAGAACAAAUUGGACACCAUGCUGCUAAGGAAGCUGAAGGAAGAUUUUUGCCACGUCAACUUGGAUAUUUGCGGCUCUCAGGAGAAAUCGUUCGUUUUAAAACAGCCUGGAAUGCCCGUUUACCAGUACACGAUCCAAGUCGGGGAUGAGUGUAUCGUGGCACCGCUCAGUUUGUUCAGUCCCGAGUUAUUCGCCAUUACUGGACCGAAAUUGAUUCAUACACAGAAGAUAUCGACUGGUGAUCCAGAGGAUCCUCACGAUGAAAUUUACCUAAGGGAUAUAAGGAGAAAAGGUAUGAAGGAAAGUAUGGAUACCGCCAAUGCAGAUCUUUUGAGCGAUAGUUUUCUGGACAGCCAACAAAACAACCCAGGCGAAGAUGAUAUCGUUGUCGAUGCUAUGGAUCCUGUUGUGCCAGCUUCUAUAAGAGAAUUCGUCACCAACCCUGGCCAGAUUUUGAGUCUGGAUCAAGCGGUGCUACAAAGUAUCGAUAGGUGUCCCAACGAGGAGAUAAAGAGAAAGAUGUAUGGGUGUAUUUUAGUUGUAGGAGGCGGAAUGAAGUUUUCAGGCAUUGGUACAUGGCUUCAAAACAGAAUCUCUCUGCAGAUUCCAUAUCUCUAUCGCGCUGAACAGUUAGACAUUGUCACCAAUCCGCGCGACAUGGAUCCAUCGAUGAUUGCCUGGAAAGGAGCCUGUAUCAUGUCAUGUCUAGAAACAGCACACGAACUGUGGAUUCAAGCCGAAGAAUGGGAGAAGUUUGGAGUUAGGAUUUUGAGAGAACGAGCUCCUUUUACGUGGUAGACUUGAUUUGUACAAAUAGCGGAGGACAUUGUAGAUCACAAAUCAUCAUAUAUAAAAGAAGAAAUCAUCAUAUUUCUGGAACGUGAACUAUUGUGUACAGCGUAUAAUUAUAAACAUCAGAUCGAAUUAAAUCAAUAAUAAAUUUAUAUAUAAACUAUGUUGAAGAUGAUAA